AUGGGUGAAGAAAGUGUAAUGGAGGAACACAGUGUAGAUCGUAUUCCAAGAGAAGCAACAAAGAUUUUAAUUUCAUUAGCAUCAAGUUGGGGUGAUACUAUUGAUAAAAAUUCAUUCAAAGUGAUCCCAUUAAAAGGUGCAAUGACGAACCAAGUUUAUCGAAUAAAUUGGGAAACACACAAAGGUGAAUCACCAGCUGAUCAAAAGGAGGUUCUUGUUCGUAUCUACGGACAAGGUGUUGAUGUUUUCUUCAACAGACAAGUUGAAAUUAACACAUUUGAGUGUAUGUCUAAACAUGGACAAGGCCCUCGUCUUCUUGGACGUUUCUCUAAUGGACGGAUUGAGGAAUUUAUACAUGCUCGGACGCUAUCAGCGCACGAUUUGAGAGACCCAGAAAUAUCUUGUAAAAUAGCUUCAACAUUGAAGGAGAUUCAUAAGCUUCAAAUGCCUGGUCCAAAGAAUGUUGUCCUCUGGAACAGACUGAGGAACUGGCUUUCGUCUGCCGAACAACUGUGUCCUCUAGAAGAAGGAAGGGUGUUUAAGUUGGAUGGUUUGGAUGAGGAAAUUACAAUUUUGGAAAAGCAGUUUUCAGGGAAAAAUCAACUCAUUGGUUUGUGUCAUAAUGAUCUCCAGUACGGAAAUAUUAUGAUGAAUGAAGAUACAAAAUUGUUGACUAUAAUUGAUUACGAGUACGCAAGUUAUAACCCUGUUGCCUACGAUAUUGCCAAUCACUUCUGCGAAAUGGCAGCUGAUUAUCAAUCGGAAUUGCCACAUAUACUAGACUUUAACAAGUAUCCAGAAUUGGACGAGCGCAAGAGAUUUAUUCGUGCAUAUUUGAGUUCUUCAGGCGACGAACCUACAGACGUCGAUGUGGAUGCGCUAGUGGAAGAUGUUGAGAAAUAUACUCUGGCAAGCCAUCUUGUCUGGGGCUUAUGGGGAAUAAUUUCAGAAUAUAAGAACGACAUCGAUUUUGAUUACAUGGAAUACGCGAAGCAAAGGUUUCAGCAGUACCAGUUGAGGAAAGCUAAACUCUUAGUCAUGAAUUCUUCCAGUAGAAUAGGUGUAGUUACUGAUCGUCCCUGA